UCAAUUCUGGAAGUGGUUCUGAUUUACUAUCGCUGUUCUCUAGCUGGUCUAAAACCGCUUUUGACCUAAAGUAAUGCUUUUUGGACGCCAUGGACUUUUCUAAGUUUCCAGGCAGAAAGUACAGUCAAAAUGCAGGCAGGGCACAGGACAAAGCAGUAGGGACAAAAUGUAUGUGAAAUGCUUUGAAACAAAAAUGACCGUUUCUAAAAUGUUUAAAUUUGCCACACUGGUUCCGGCCCCUUUGUACGUCCCGACGCUCGCAGGGACCGGAACACGGAUGCCGGCAUCGGCCGGAGGAGAUGGCUGGAGACGCUGCAGGGGACGCAUCGCGGGAGCGAAGGACAAGGUAAGCGUUGCAGGGAAUCCCUGAGCAAUGCCGCAUGGUAAGCCCGAGUGUAGCUCGGGGAUACCGCUUUUGGUACUGAAAU